CUCCCUCCCUCCCUCCUUCCCUCCCUCUUUUUUCCCCCUCCCAAGGCCUCCACGCUACAAGUAAAAGCAAAAAUCGGAAGAGAUCCAGUCAUCCCGAGUCAUCUUUCAUCUACGACAAUCUCGUGGUGCCAUCGUUUGCAGUGUACGCAGGACGUUGUUUCGGUGUCCAUCAGCUUCUGUGAGGCGGUUGACGCGCACAAAUGAACAAGGUGACGCGAGGCUGCACUUGAAUUCACUCAGCCAAGGUCGCCGUGGCACGUGUGUUGUGUGAUUGCAGGUUCCCAAAGGUUCGCUGCCUCCGCUGCCUAACGUCAUUUAUGUGACGGGCCUGCUCGAGCAGACGCACGAGCUGACCGAGAAGCUGCGCAGCUUCUUGACGCGCGGUGUGCGGGACGCCAAGCAGGCCCUGGAGACCAGGGACUACGACAAAGUGCAGACGUUGCUGGAUGAGCUCAAAGACGGUCAGCCACCCACCCAGACAAACAAACACCACGCUCACCUUGAUGUGCUGCUAUGUGCUGUGCUGUGUGUGUUGCGUGUGUGCGGUUGUAGGGAUGCCAGAGAAGUGGCACCGAUUGGUCCGGCAGGUAGAGAUGGUGUCGCACGAGCUGGCCGAGCAGCGCAGCGGGAAGGGCUACCCCUCCGAGAUGCCGCCCAAGGUGGAGGUGCCCAUACCGGUCGGCGGGCGCAAGAAGAUGCUCGGGUGGAAAGUGGGUCUGCCCAACCCAAAACCUGUUGAAUGAGCUGACCUGAGCCGGGUCAGUUGCUGCUGUGAUGUGAGCGGUCUGUCACAGUGAUCUUGCGGAUCUCUGCGUCAAUGCACCUCAAUGGGUCUGGGCAUGAGAUUUAUCUUUCCGGGAUUCAUGUCAAGAUUGACAUUUCCCUCCCUUCCGCCAGCAAGUCGGUCAUCAGGUGAAUGACUGACUGACUGACUGAAUGAAUGGACGCCAAUAGAAUGGAUGGACGUCUGCACUACUGACAUUUCCUUGCGGCCCUCGCCUUCACACGUUACACACAAAGUCCUCUUCGUGCCUCUUGCGCCUAGGACAUUGCGUGAAACCGCUCGUGAAUCCAAAUUGGCUGAUGAAGCGUGCUGCAGCCGCUGCGCCAUCCAGCAGACGUGGCAAGGCGCCGCGCCGUGAUAGUAGCCGGCCGGAGGUGUCAUCAGCAGCUGCUGCUCGUGGUCCCUUCGACGCGGCUGAGUAUCGUCCCGGCGGCAGCUUCGGCACAUCGCAGCUUCGGUUUGGCACGUCAGGAUACCACUUCGGUACGCUCUGCAUGCAUCGGCGCGGACACACAAACAGACAACAAGGAUGGACAGCGCACCCGGUCCGGCAGAUCUACGGGCUUGAUCAUUGUGCUGCAUGCGCUGGUGUGUGCAGAGCACUGGUGUGGGACGUACUACCCCGACAAUCUCAAGAAGAAGCCCAAAGAGCAGUUCAAAUGGUGAGGCAUUCUCUCUCUCUCGCUGGUGUGCGCCUGCACUGACCUGCCUCUCUUUGUGUAUGCAAACAGGUAUGCGGCCGAGUUCGAUUGUGUGGAGAUCAACGCCACCUUCUACACGAUCCCUGAAGCCUCGCAGUGGCGCAACUGGAAGGUGUGGACGGGCUCACGGGCAGACACCGUGGCUGUGCUGGUGUGUGUCACCUGUCUGUCUGUCUGUCCGUCCGUCUGUCUGUCUGUCGUGCAGGCCUCUGCACCCCGGGAGUCGUUCAUGUACAUCAUCAAGGCCAACAAGGUCUGUCAAUCGACUCACACAGAGACCGAGCCGACCUGACGCAUACGUAUGAGUGUGUGUGUUCUGCAGUACUUCACCCACCAGAAGAAGUUGAUAGCCGACGAGGCCUUCACGGAGAGGUGGGAGACCUUCUACAGCCGCUGCCAGCUGCUGGGCGACCACCUGGGGCCCAUCCUGUUCCAACUGCCGCCCGCAUUCAAGUGCAACGCCCAGCGACUUGCCGACCUGGCCACCGUUCUGCCCAAAGACGGUAGGCACGCGAGCUGCAGACACUUGACACACCCACACACACAAUGACCUAUGUCUGUGUGUGUGUUUGGUGUUUUGUGUGCAGGUCGUUUCGUGUUUGAGUUUCGCCAUCCGUCGUGGUUUUGCGAGGAGGUGUACAGCGUGCUGCGGGCCAACGACUGGUGCCUGGCGCAGAUUCACCUUCACAACUGCAGCGAGGGCGGCGGGGGCAAAAUGUGGGCCGGCGACAUGCAGAGCGGUGGGUCCUUCGCCCAGCCAUGCACACCAUUCAGCCACCCACGUCAUCCUCUGUGUCGAUGUGUGUGUCAGGGUGGCACCCGAAGCGCGAGGAGCACUCGUGCUGCUCGUGGGGGCUCUAUUACCGCCUGCACGGGCCGAGCGGCCAGUACAUCGGCAGCUACGACGCACAGGAGAUGCAGGCAGUAGCGAUGGAGAUGCUCGCCUUCACGUCUGGCCAGGGCCAGGAGAGCACCACCCAGCGGCGGGCCUUCUGCCUCUUCAACAACACCGACGCCGGCACGCCGCCCGGCGCCAUAAGCGACUGCCGCACCGUGGCUCACUUCUGCGCCAACCCUGGUAUGUUGGAUGGAUGGAUGGAUGGAUGUGUCUUAUGUGUCCUGUGUGUCAUUUGUGCAGGUCAGUUGGGUUAGCGUUAGUGGUUGGCCUCCCACCUAGCAGAGCACACGGCCGAUUGAGAGGUCAGAUAUAUAGAGGGAGGAGUGACGACCGGUCUGACACACAAACAAGGGAGACAGACAGUUGCGGGGACCUGAUGGAGGGGCUCUGGGCUGACUGGGUGCGCCAUAGUAGAGGCGGCCGGGCGGGGACGGAGGGAGAGGGGUGUCGACUGGCUUGUGUGUGUAUAUCUAUCCGUAUUUGUUGUCGUCUGUAGAGAAAGCAAGGUGGCAUUAUGUGGGUGGGGGGUGUGUGGAGGCUGACACACCUCACAAAUGGUCGGCCGUAUGUACCUCUUUAUUCCCGUGUGCCUUGAUGUAUGGUAUGUGGGUAUGUUUGCAAUGGACCUCACACCACAUACUGAUGAGUGGCUUGAAUGCGGUCUGUCU